UGUUUUUUAUGUGUUGGGUUGGGGGCGAGGUUGAUAUUUUGAAGGAAAUAAAAGAUUCCUCGUAGGGGAUAUCGUGUUUGCCGUUCAUCGUGGCUCCAAAAAAUAAACAACAAAAUAAACAAAAUCCCCGAAACCUAUGUAACGCCCAAAUUACUUUGUAGCGCAUCAUCACGAUAUAUAUCACCGAUAAAUAUAUAACGUGUUAUAUUGGUAAUGAGCAUUAUAUAAAUGAACAAAAAACGAGACCACGGAUUAGUAACAGAAUCCGAAAACAAAACAAAAAAAAUACGAUCAUGCCUAUAAAACCCCGCGUUUUGUGCACUACUAAACCCCCAUCCCCUCCCCCCGACCUCUUCUCGCGCCCCCUCUUCGCCUUCUCUCCUUCAAUUCCCUCCCUCCCAUUCGAUCUGCUCUUGCACCGAUGUCGAGCUCGCCGCCGGAGCGACGGGGAAGGGGAGGCGAGGAGGAGGGCGGGGAGGACGCCGCGGCCGCCCGAACACGCACCGGUGUUGGCCUCGGCCGCCGCCGCGCCGGGGAUCCCUCAUCGUCGCGGCUGAGGUCCGCCGACGCGGUCUGGCCGGAGCACUUCGUCGAGGCGGUUGCCGCCCAGGUCGCCGUCGAUGCCGCGCGCUCCGCCGGGAGGUUGGCCGCCGCUCCUGCCGUCGUCUCCGUGUUCCAGGUCUGCUCCUCGUGGAGAAGCGUUUCCCGGUCGGAGCUCCUGUGGAAAGAUCUCUGCCGCCGCGUGUGGUCCCGCCGGCGUCGCGGGCUCCCGUCCUGGCGGGACGAGUUCAUCCGCCUCCACCGCACCGCCGCUAACUUCCGGGCCCGCCGCUCCGCGCACUCUCACUUGCUCCCUCCUUCCGAUGCCGUCAUCUCCUGCCGCCGUCUCGCCCUCUCCGACCACCACCUCGCUGCCGGCUUCGUUGACGGCUCGGUUCGCCUGUUCGAUCUCCCUUCCGGACGGGCGCUCGCCACCUACUCGGCUGACCCUCAUCGCGACCGCCUCGGCCGCUUCUCUCAGGCCAUCUCGGGCAUCGUCCUCCUCGCCGACGACCGCCUCGCCUUCGCUUCCCAGGACGGAGACGUCCACAUGGCGAGCCUCGGCGCCUCCGGUUCCGUCCGGCGAGCCCACGUCGGGAACCUGAUGGAGGACGGGACGUUGGUGGACUUCACCGGGAACUCGCGGUGGUGGGUUGGCUUGUUGGCCGGCGUUCCCGGCCGGUCGUGGCGCGUCUGGGACGCCGCCACCGAGCAGCUGGUGUUCGUGGGCGGAACCUUGACGGACUCCGACGCCAUCCUGGGAUGGCACAUGCUCACCGACUUGUCGAGUCCGGUGGUCGGCCGCGCGAAGAUCGUGGAGCCGGGACUCGUGGUGGGGUGCACAGCUUCGACCAUGGAGGUCAUGGACCUCAACGACACCGGUACGAUCCUGAACCAGCUUCAGCUCCGGCACGGCGUGGUGGUGGACUCGGUGGACGCGAGCGAGGGCCGGGUAAUGGCCGUGGACACGCGAGGACUGGCGAAGGUGUGGGAGGUGCCGAGGUUGCAGGAGAUUUGCAGGUUCAGUACGGUGAGGAGGGCGGAGGGACGGCAGCAUGGUGCGGCGGGUGUGCAAGGGUGCAUGAACUGGGGUUACGCGGUGGUGUGCUCCGCCCAUGGUGGAGUACGCGUGUGGGACGCAACCACGGGCGAGUACUUAUACAGCUUCAGGGAGCGGAUAGGAGAGGCCGCCGCGUCGGUGGCCGGUGAUCGUUACGUGGCUGCUUGGGCCGACGAGACCGGGUUGCACCUGUGGGAUUUUGGAGCCUUGUAGGGGGAGGAACCCAAGCACAGGAGUCUGGUUGAUGUAGAUAGAGAACUGGCCAUGGCUAAUGUUUGUGUUGUUGCUCAGGCUAGGGGGAGGCCAGGUGGUAUCGUACUGUGAUGGCCACCACAGGCAGGACUGCAAGAAUGUAGAGAGAGGAAUCGGAGAAGAAAUGGGGAUGGGGAGGGGGAGGCAAAGAUGGUGUGGUCUCUUGGUGAUGGUGAUUAGGGUUGAAGAUGGCUCCCAGUGUGUGCUGGGAUUUUUGGGGUUGCUGCAUAAUUGUUCGCCGAGUAUUGGUUUAGGAGAUGCAUCUCUUCAAGACUCUGAUGACUUCACUUUUCUUAUACUGCACUCGUUUCUCUUCUUGUGGCUGCGGGACUUGGAUUUGGUAAAUUUUGGUAAAAAAAGAAAAGAUUUUGACUUGGAAAAAUAUCAGGUUGCUAUUUAUAUUAAAGCUGGGCAGCAAAAAAAAGUGAUUUUUCUUUUUGGAUUUUUAAAUAAUAUUUUAUAUUUUUAGUUUUCUAUCAUAUAUAUUUUUAAUAUCAUAAAUGUCUUUUGUUAUUGCUUCCUCUGAUUUAUCUUUGUCCUAUUGCUUUCAUCCUAGUGUAGUCGUAUUCGUCCAAUCGCCUUUGCCCAUCGUUUUUAUUUUAUUGUGAUCGCCUCUUUUUUUUUUUAUGUGAGGUUAUAUUACUUUCAGCCCUAUUGUUUUUAUUUUAUUGUGAUUGUCUCUUUUUAUUUUUAUGUGAUGUUCUAUUGCUUUCAUCUUAUUGUGAUUAUCUUUAAGUUAUCGUUUCUAUCUCAUUGUCUUUGUCUCAUCGUUUUUAUCUUGUCAUAGUCGUCGUUUCGAUUUUAUUGCUUUUGCCUUCAUUAGGCCUCAAUACUUUUAUCUUAUCAUUUUGAAUUCAUCAUGGUUGUCUCCUCCUUUCAUCUUGUUGUAUUUUUAUGAGAUAGUUUUGAGACAAUCGAAAAUAUUCACGUAGUGGAGGAAGUGGCGACUACUAGGAGUCCAACCACUAUACUGAAAGGAGAAAGAGACAUGGAUGACAACAAUAUGCAUUUAGAGUAUUAGA